AUGACUACUACAACCUCCCCUCCUCCACAGCAGGCUGUUUCGUCUCCUAACCUCACGGUUUUGCCUCCCCUUGUCACCGACACACCUGUCAGAUUGUCGACUCGCCAGCGAUCCUCCUCAUACUCAAAGGACCGCCUCUCCACAUUUUCUAACCUUUCCGUAGCUUCUCAGAAUCGGUCGCGCCCUGGGUCACAUGUUUUCCCUAUAUUCCAUUCCAGUUUGCCCUAUGCUUUGGUCCGGGAUUUCGCAUAUCCCACCAUUCACCCUUUCCAUUAUGGCCCGCUUCCGCUUUCUGCAUCUGGGCUCUCGAGUCCAGUGAGCGAACACCGCCGGUUAUCUGACCCCCCAGCGUCGUGGGACAGCUCACGUGGCCAGUGGUCAACACAGCCAUGGGGUACUGACUCUGGUCAUGGACACCAGCAGCUUCCAGCCAUGUCCUUUGGUGAUGGGCCACCGUAUAGCGAAGACGAAGACCUACACAGUCCUGUCUUUUCUGCGCCCCGUCAUCGCAAGAACAAGUCGACCGGGACGGACGUGAAUGGCGGAGCGGAUAGACUCUCCGGUGGGAACGCUUACUCCCGCCAUUUGAGUGUGACUGGGGAUAAUGAGCGCGGGACGUUGGUCAGCAUGAACGCGGAUGGGAGUGAGACCUACUACGUGAAUGAUGAAGAUUCCGACGACGAUGGACCAGGAGGCGACCUUGUCACUUACCCUCCGAAUGAAAGUCGAUUUACCUAUAUUGGCUCAUAUAAUGAUCCUGGAUAUGGCCGACAGCCAGGGUUCGACUCUGAAGGAGAAUAUACCGGGACUCAUCGCUACUCGCGCGAAUUCCAGUUCUCAGUUGGAUGCCCGGACGAAGAGAUGCACGGGAAAGCGGUUGCGCUCUUCGACUUCACGCGAGAGCACGAGAAUGAGCUCCCACUAGCAGAGGGCCAAGUUAUUUUUGUUUCGUACCGCCACGGCCAAGGAUGGUUGGUCGCGGAGGACCCUCGAACCGGAGAGAGUGGGUUGGUCCCAGAGGAGUUUGUCCGUCUAGUCCGCGACAUUGAGGGCGGUCUGACCUCGUUAAAUGGCGAACCUGGAGCCGAAUACGGGGAUGACUAUCCGAGUUCGGGCUCAACGGACUCCCAGCAAGAGAUGACGCCGACUACCCAUUCGGCAGCUAACGGGGAGUCCACACUGAAUGAUGCCCUGAUGAAGGAUGCUCCCGGCGGUAACGAAAAGGAGACAAACACAACAACUCCCUCAGAAACGGAGCAAGCUCCCGAGGGGAAGCAAUGA